AUGAGCGCAGUGCAGAGCAUGUACCAAUCAGUGGCCGGUAUCAAGGAUAGUGCCAUGGGCAGAUCAUCUGCUCAGUCAGGGGAAGAGCCUCCGUCUGGCUUCCAAGGCGGAGGCACUGCAACCGAUCCGUACGACCAGGGAAAUGUCGAACGGCCUGCCGAGUCAGGAGAAGAACCUCCUUCGGGGAUUCAAGGCAAAGGAACAGCAACCGACCCAUACGAUGCGGGAAAUGCACCAGAGACCGCCGAGGCUCCCAUGGUGUCAGGACAAGAGCCUCCGACUGGCAUCCAAGGCAAGGGUACAGCAACGGACCCUUACGACGCAGGCAACGCACCAGAAAACCCGUCAACCUCCGAUACUUCUACAGCUGCACCGUCUGCGCAGCCAUCAGAGCCCUCUGUCGAAUCGACUGCGGUUUCGAGUACGUCCGCACCUUCUUCCAAGACGGCCACAGAUGAAAGCGCGGAUACUCGAGGACGAGGUCUGUUGAAAGCUCCACCUAAGCACCGGGAUGAGACCGAUGUUAGCCCUGGAACCAUGCCUGAUGGCUCACAUGCACAGACGAGCGGUGAUCGCGGAGAAAGCUACGAACCCGGGAGGCUCAACAGGCUCAAGGGCAAGUUCGGGUUCGGCCACCACUAG